UUCCCCAUGGCAAGUUUAAGAGUUCAUAUAUGUUCCUUGCUGGCCUACGCAACCUUUGUCAGCCUGAUAAGCUGCCAUAGUCUGCCCAAAAACCAUGUCGCUUUAUUCAUUUUUGGGGAUUCAGUAUUAGAUCCUGGGAACAACAAUUAUAUCAACACCACUUUUCGUUAUCAGGCAAAUUUCUGGCCCUAUGGUGAGACCUUCUUCAGGUACCCCACUGGCAGAUUUUCUGAUGGGCGUCUGAUUUCGGAUUUUCUGGCUGAGUUUGCAGGGUUGCCAUUAAUUCCAGCGUAUUUACAACCUGGUAAUCAUAAAUUCAUUGAUGGAGUGAACUUUGCAUCAGGAGGAGCUGGUGCUCUAGUUGAAACUAAUCAAGGAUUUGUUAUAGACCUGAAAACUCAGGUAAGCUAUUUCAAGAAAGUAGAGAAAUCUCUGAGGCAAGAACUAGGAGAUGAAGAAGCCAAGAAACUACUGUCCAGAGCUGUUUACUUGAUUAGCAUAGGAAGCAACGACUACUUGACCCGAAACUGGACCGCGUCCGAUGUAGAGUAUGUUGCCAUGGUGAUUGGCAACCUGACUAUUCAACUCAAAGAAGUAUACAAGAAAGGUGGAAGGAAGUUUGGGUUUCUAAAUAUUGCUCCUCUGGGUUGUACACCACUCCUCAAAGUACAAAUAGGAAGCAAUGGUUCUUGUAAUGAUGAAGUUAAUAAGCUAGCCCAGCUGCACGACAGAGAACUUCCCAAAGCCCUGCAGAAAAUAGAGAAACAGCUAUCAGGCUUCAAAUAUUCAAAUUACAAUUUCUAUAAAACUGCAGGUGAAAGAUUAAACAACCCUCCAAAAUAUGGGUUCAAGGAUGCAACGACGGCAUGUUGCGGCUCUGGUUUGUACCGAGGAAUUGAUAGCUGCGGAGGGAAGAGAGGGGUAAAAGAGUAUGAAUUGUGUAAGAAUCCUGAUGAAAAUUUCUUCUUUGAUUCCAUUCAUCCCUCAGAAAAGGCCUAUCAACAAUUUGCAAAGGAAAUGUGGAGUGGAGGUUCCGAUGUUAUAUGGCCUCACAAUUUCAAACAAUUUUUUGAAGUAUGAAAAUUGAAAAUCAAUUUAAUUUUACCAAUGCAACUCUCCUUCCUCCUCAUUCUAAACCUGCAUCCUGGUGGAGACCUUUCAUAU